AUGGCAGCGUUUAAAGCUCCCCCACUGUCUGCGUUUUUCCGCAAGGAAGAGGACAAUCUGGUCACACAGGGACUCGCAGACGUGCAUAGCGUGGCCAUGUUCCACUCGUUGUACGACGUGGGUGACCUCAUUGGUCGCGGCGCGUUUUCGCUCGUGUACCUCUGUCGGAAGAAAGAGACGCAGCAGAUCUUUGCAGUCAAGGUCAUUAAUAAAGCACUUUGUGUAAAGAAGAAGACGCUGCGGGAUGAGAUCACUGUGUUACUACGGGUCAAGCACGCCAACAUCAUUAGCCUUGAAGAGGUCUAUGAGAGUGACCAGGAGCUCUUGCUCGUCAUGGAGAGAGUUACGGGGGGCGAGCUGUUCGACCGCAUUGUGCGCGUGGGCGUUUACUCGGAGCGGCAAGCGGCAGAGAUUGUCACAAAUGUGCUGCAAGCGCUGCACUAUCUGCACUCGUGCCACAUUCUGCACCGCGAUAUCAAGCCCGAGAACAUCCUUCUGGCCAGUGGAGACAGCGGCGAUGUCAAGCUGAGCGACUUUGGCAUCGCCAAGAUCCUGGAGGACGAAGACGAUAGCGCACGUUCUCGUGGUCGCGCAUACACAAGCUGCGGGACAGACUACUACGUUGCGCCUGAGGUUCUGAACGGAGAAGGCUAUGACAGCAAAGUGGACCUUUGGAGCCUUGGUGUCGUCUUGUACAUCAUGUUGUGCGGAUUCCCUCCAUUCGCGGAAGAUGAGAAUGGUCUGGAGUCGGUGUAUCUCAAGAUUCGCUCCGGUGCAUUGGACUUUCCGCACCCAUACUGGACAAACGUGUCCGACGGAGCCAAGGAUUUGAUCCGCAACCUGCUCAACGUGUCACCGCAGGAUCGCUUUGGCGCAGCGCAGGCGUUGAACCACCCUUGGAUAAAGGGCGAGUACAGUGAGCAGCCGCUUUCGUCAGCAAUCCUAGAAAUGAGGCGCUUCAACCAAAAGCGUCGUUUUAACUAA